GAAUUCUACACGUAUACUCACACGUCAACCCCAUUCGCACCUUAACCGACUUCCUAAACUCCUACUUUCAUUCAUUUCUUCCCCAUUAAAACCACCCUCUAUUUUCUGCAUUUCUCAUCCAGAAGAGAAGAAUCGAUCACAGAGUAAUCAUGUCCGGAUCUCUGUACCCAAAAAUCUCCGCUCAAUCAAACCCAGAACCCAAUUCUGGGUUCGAAUCCUCUGAAGAAGUGAUCAUCAGAAUCCCAGGAUCCAUGGUCCAUUUGAUCGACAAAGACCGGAGCAUCGAACUGGCCACCGGAGAGCUCACCGUCGUUCAGCUCAAACAGGGCAACAACGUUGUCGCCGUCCUCGCUCGUGUCGGCCAAGACAUCCAAUGGCCGCUGGCCAAAGACGAGGCCACAGUCAAACUCGACGACUCCCACUACUUCUUCACUCUCAGAACUCCGGCGGGGGACCAUUCGGACGACGAAGAGGGUGAGAUCGGGGUCGAAUCUUCAGAGAAUAUGCUGAAUUACGGAUUGACCAUCGCGGGUAAGGGGCAGGAAGGGAAGCUGAGAGAGCUGGACGGGGUACUGGAAAAGUUCAGCGCGUUCAGGGUGGAGAAGGCGGCGGGGACGGCGGUGAGGGGGUGGGGAGUUGAGGCUAAGGAUGUCUCUCCGGCGGAUAUGGAGAAGAAGGAGAAGAGAGAUGCGGUGGAGAGGAGUUCCGCGGCCUACUGGACCACCCUGGCUCCGAACGUAGAGGAUUACAGUGGAAGCGUGGCGAAAAUGAUAGCCGCCGGGUCGGGUCAUCUCGUGAGAGGAAUCUUGUGGUGCGGGGAUGUGGCGGUGGAUAGAUUGAACUGGGUUCAUGAGGUUUUGAUGGAGAGGAUGGCCGGGAACGGCGGCGCCCCCGCGGAGAUCAGCCCAACCGCCUUAAAAAGGGUGAAAAGAGUGAAGAAGAUGACGAAGAUGUCGGAGAAGGUGGCAACGGGCAUUCUCGCUGGGGUGGUAAAGAUGUCCGGAGUGUUCACAAAUUCCAUUGCGAGCUCUAAAGCUGGCCAGAAAUUCUUCAGCCUUCUCCCCGUGGAAAUCGUUCUUGCCUCCUUGGAUGGAUUCAACAAGGUAUGCGAUGCCAUUGAAGCGGCUGGCAGGAAUGUGAUGUCCACAACAUCCACUGUCACAACUGGUCUUGUUUCGCAUAGGCAGGCACGGGGAGCAAGCGGCGGAGGUGACUAAAGAAGGGUUCGAUGCGGCGGGGCAUGCCAUCGGAACUGCUUGUGCCGUCUUUAAGAUCAGAAAGGCUCUUAAUCCCAAGUCCUCCCUAAAACCUUCAUCUUUUGUGAAAGCCGCCGCGGCUGAGGCCAAGUCCAAGUCCAAGUCCAAGCCCAAGUAAUUUGCUACAUUGGAUUGUGUUGUUUCUUUAAUUAAUUUUCCAGCCCUAUAGUACGUACGCCUAGAUUAAUAAUGGCGUGGGUUUUAGGUACUUUUUUUAUGAUCUAUUUCUGAUAUGUAAUAAUGUUCGAUCUCCAUCCAAGUGCAAUACAAGAAGAAUUCCAUGUGUGGCAAAUUAAUGUGACCACUUUGAGAGGUGAGAAAAAGGGGGUAAAUUGGUGCAUGUAUGUCUCUGGGCCAUGUCAAAUUAAAGUUCACGAAUAUAAAGGAAAGAUGCAUGAAAAUUGUAACUUAAAAACGAUGUAUGUGUUCGGUCCAAUACUACGCAUAAUGUUUGUAUAUUUAUGGUCUUGGGUCAUACCUUCUACUAAUUCACAGGUCAUGUUGUCCUCAUAACAAAAUCGGAUCGGGAGCCUCUGACUUGCUUUUGAGCCAGGUAGAGACGUAGAGUGUCUUGCUUCCGGACAGUCGUUCGAUCGUAAAUUCAACGAGCGUUGGGGUCCACAUUUUCGUUGAUCUCGAUGUCGUGCUCGUCGCUGCCGGAAUGUCCGAUGCGCAAGGGACCCUGCCGUGCGGCAGAUGAUCCAUCAAUUAAAAACCAACUUCAAACAUUAUAGCACUCAUUCCACAUUCGACAAGUUAAUUGGAGAGAGUUGAGUGAGAUUUAAAUUGCUACAAGUUGCGGUAUGCACAUCAUUGGCUCUUACGGAUUAUAUAAGAGGGUUCAUGUUUGAUUCUACUUUUGACUUUUGAGGAGUGAUUAGUUUUAAGACCAUAUAAAAAAUGUCGAUAGUGUUGGAGAAUGAAAGUAAAUUUGAAAAGUAGAAGUUAGAGUUUAGAAAAAAGGACUUCAAAAUGAAUGAAUCAUGAACACUUAUCGGAUCGCUACUUUUAGCAUUUUCAACUUAUAUUUUAUUCUGGGCUUUCAACUUAUAUUUCUUUUUACUGCAUUUUCUACUCUUAAAUGUCAAUGUUCUUGAUAGCAACUAGUUUUGAACUUGACCUCCUCCUUAGGGUAUGUUUGGAUGUUUGGAGGGAAGGGGAGGGGAAGACUUUUGGAGGUAUGUUGUUGGAGGGGAAAGGGAGAGAAGUGUGAGAAAGCCUUCUUUAUAUUUGGGAGUAAAAAAAAUUGGAAGAAGAAGGUUUUGAAAGAAUUAUAAUUAAAAUCACUUUGAGAUAUGACGAAUUCAAAUCAUUGAGCUGAUAUUCAUUUUUAAUUUAGCUUAAAUUACCAUCUUGUUAAUUAUCCUCCGUACCCCUCCAAAUUAGGGGAACUUAAAAAC